AUGGCGCCCGAGGCCUCCCCUGGCUCGUCUCGUUGGAGCCCUUCCAGCGGCUGCUCCAGGCCGUCGCCCUCGUCCCUCCGUCGCCGCUCCUCCUCCGCACCCCAGCGCCAGCAGCAAAAGCGCCCGAGCGCUCCUCCUCCUCGUGACCCGCAGCUCCAGCGAACCUCGCCACCGGCGACCAGCUCCCCCAGGCCGGUCUCGCCUCCCUUCUCCUCCACGCGCUGCCCCGCCGGACCUCUCCUGCAGCCCGAGUCCCUCUCCUCGCGCGCCUGUCUCCUCUUGCUGAUCUGCCUCACCACCGGAGCUCCUUCGCCCGAGCACCCAUGGAGAGGGCCUCCCGAGCCCUCUCGCGCCGUGCCAGUGAACCCGUCGGCGACCUCGACCUUCAGGCCACCCCGUCGCGCCCCUGCCUCCUCGACCUCCUGA